AUGAAGAGAACUAGAACAGUAGUUGUAGACAUUGGCACAGGUUCCUUCAAGUGUGGCUUUGCAGGGGACGCAUGGCCUUCCCACGUUAUUUCAUCUACAGUUGGUACGCCUGUAGGGACAGCUGAGCGCAGUCAAAAAGAAACCUUUGUUGGAAGAGACCUUCAGAACAGCAGCGCACCCUUAAUGCUCGCCAACCCAGUAAGACAUGGCAUAGUGGUGGACUGGAACUGUGUCCAAGAUACUUUGGAGUAUAUUUUCCAGACGGAGAUGAAGAUUCAGCCAGAGGACCAUGCUGUUCUGGUGUCAGUGCCUCCCGUGUGGUCCAUCACUGACAAGGAGAGAUACGCUGAGAUGAUGUUUGAAGGAUUCCACGUGCCUGCCUUCCACAUGGCCUACCAGUCCUGCUUAUCCAUGUACUCUUACGGAAAAACCUCAGCUCUCGUGGUGGAAAGUGGGCACGGCGCUUCGCAUGUGGUUCCCGUCUAUGAAGGUUAUACAAUACGUGGCUUCACCAAGAGUGUAGAUUAUGCUGGGUUGGACAUCACACAUUACCUCAUGAAGUUACUAAAUGAGUCUGGAAAUGUGUUCACGGAACACCAGCUGAACAUUGUACAAGAUCUGAAAGAGAAGUGUUGUUACGCUUCUCUGAACCCUAGGCGGGACUUGAGGAUGCCCAUUCAAAAACAACAAGUGGAUUACGAACUGCCCGACCAACACGUGAUCACUGUGGGCAAGGAGAGGUUCAUCUGCGCUGAGGCGCUCUUCAACCCAGCCUUACUUGGUUCACAGCAGCCUGGGCUCUUGCAGCUGACGCUCACCAGUCUCAAGAAGUGUAAUGCUGCCAUCAAGAAAAAAAUGGUGAGGAAUAUCCUGCUGUGUGGGGGCAAUACUAUGAUGGAGGGCUUUGCUGACCGCUUCCAGAUGGAACUGGCCAAGAGGUACCCUGCUGACAAACCCAUCGCAGCUGCUUCCCCUCGAAGAAAGUCUUCUGUCUGGAUUGGUGGGUCUAUUCUGGCCUCACUCCACUCCUUCCAGGAGCUUUAUGUUUACAGCAGCGAAUACGAAGAAUAUGGUCCUUCCUGCAUUUUUAAUAAGUGCUUCUGA